CGACCGAAAUCCUCCUGCGCUGUCAGCAGAUCUUUUAAUAGCUUCGAAAUCGCCCACCACGUUCAAUUAACUCGAACUUGACAUCAUAUAUUUCGAAGAAUACAUAAUAUGUCUCAAAUUUACUCGCGCAUAUUCUAUCCCUUCAGUGGCUUAACAAGGGCGCAGAUGCUACGUCAAGUAGCGCCGAACGUGGGGGGAGUAGCAUGGAGGCGGACAUUUAUUUCGAGAUCACAACAAUCUGGGUUAUUGCGAGCUUGGAAAAACAUUUCACGUACGAUAUCGCGACCGAGGACGACUGGAAAUUUCUCUAAAUCCUAUAAUCUACCUUUACGUUCGACUCAUCGACCUUUUCACAAAACUUCCCGAUUACGAGACACGAAGACCCCUCCAAAAGAUGCCCCGGCUCAAGAACCGCAAGGGUUAACAGCAAGAUUGAAGAAGUUAUCUAGAGAAUAUGGUUGGGCAGCCUUGGGUGUAUAUCUAGGGUUAACGGUCCUGGACUUCCCAUUUUGUUUCCUACUGGUCAGGUCGGUAGGGACGGAAAGGAUAGGUGAAAUCGAACAUUUCGUGGUUUCAAAUGUCUCGAAAGCCAUACCACAAUCCGUCCGGAGUUGGUGGCACGAAUAUCGCCAAGCUCUAAAAGAUGCAGAGAAAGAAAAUAUCGGCAACGAGGAGAUUAGCGAACAUGUAGAGAUGGCCGGCUGGGGCGUGGAAGAGGCUGAUAAAAGACAUAAGGCUGAAGCCAGUCUUGGGACUCAGUUGGCACUCGCUUAUGCUAUUCAUAAAAGUUUUAUCUUUAUCCGUGUUCCACUGACUGCCGCGAUAACGCCCAAAGUGGUCAAAGUCCUCAGAUCGUGGGGCUGGAAAAUUGGGAAGAGACAGAGUAAGCGGUAAGAAAAACGAGACAUCAGACGCGAAAUCGGCGGCAGUGCUCCAAAUUAUAAUUGAUAUCUUUAGUCUGCGAAAGCGUCCUCACACACGUUGGCGCCUAGAUGGAGGGGCUUGUACAAUUAGUGUAAGAGGAUGU